AUGGCUGCUUUGGCGGAGAAGAAAGAUGUUAUGGAUGACACACCUCGCCGGUGGCAACUUGAUGGCACGGAGGCUCAGAUGGAGAAAGUCCUGUUCAAAGCAGACGAGGACACCGCUUCAGAAUACCUGAAGGACCUGAUCAGCUCCGUGGGCCUCAAGGAUGCAUGGGGUGAGAUGGCCAAGAAGUUCCGUUCUGUGCAGGCGCAGCAUGCCCAGCUCAUGUCUCUGGCAAGCCGAGAUGCCCUGAACCGGGAUUUUGUAACGCGGCCGGAGUUCAGGCUCACAGUGCAGGAGGAACACUACCGGAAGCUGCAGGACCACACGAAACGCCUAUCAGCCCUCGAGCAGCAGGUGCAAGAAGAGCAGACAAAGAGGCUGGAGCUUACGGAGGCCUUGCAAGAAUACGCAGAGAGAACCGAUCGGGAGCUCAAGACCUUGAAGCCAGAGGUUACCAAAGCCCAUGCCUGGCUCCAGACACUGGAUCAAAGGUGCCAGGAGCAGAACACGGCAAACCUGAAAGCCUUUGAAGAUUUGCAGGAGCAGCUGAACAGCCGUGAGAAGAAGCUCCGAGAGGAGGCAACGAAGCUCUCGAAAGCCCUCGAGGGAGAAGUUGUGGAACGCAAGGUCUUGGGCAUCGAAGUCAAGAAACAGAAAGAGUUCUUGGCAGGAGAAGCCUUCCAAAAGCACAUGGAGGAUACGUGUAACAAAGCACUGGCCAACUAUGUCCACAGGGAUGUAAUGAUGUCAGAGGUUCAGAGCUCCACGGAACAUAUGUGUCAGCCUCUACAUGUUCUCAUAGGCAAGCUGGAGAAGACUGUGCAGACCUUGGCCCAAGAGCUGCGAAUGAAGGAUGCGUACCUGGAGCAAUGCCUUGAGAACGAGGCUGCUAAGCUGUCCCACAAGGACGAACUCCUGAACGAGCGAAUAGACGCCGUGGUGGACGAACUGCCUGAGAAGGCUACCGUCGUGUCCGUGGACGAUGUGAAAGGCAAGCUCUUGUUUCAUGUGGACAAUCUGGAAUCUCUGCACACGCGAUUGCAGAAAGAGGCCACGCACAAGCUCCAGGAGGUGGUCACCCGCGUCUCUGAAUUCCAAGUGAUCCUCCAGGACCAUGAGCAUGCACUGCAGCAUGCUGCCGAGGAGAUCCUGCAUCGUGGAACCAAGUACGAUGUAGCGGUAUUGACCGAGCGAGUGGAUCGCUGUGCUGGCAAAGACAAGAUGGAGGGUGACCUGAAAGAGAUCCGUGACACACUGACAUGGCAGAGCACCAAGAUCGAGUCCAUGCAGUUCCAGAACGGACUGGGCGCCCUGGUGUCAAGAGAUACAGUAUGGUGUUUCCAUAACACGAUUGUGCACGACAUGCAUGAUAUUAUUUGCGUGCGCUGCGCGUACGUUCUGACUCUCACUCUUCUCAAAAAAACCUGUCGCCAAUGGCACGGGUGUGCUUUUCAGCCCGAUGAGCUUGGAUGGCUCCCUACGCCCGAGAGACAGAGAGACGGAGAGACAGGGAGGCGCGGGCAGGGGGGGCAACCCCUCUGCCUCUAG